CAGUGGGCAGCGCCGGGAGCUGGACCGAGCGGCCGGUGCGGGGCCGCUGUUGCGGGGCUCAGCCACCAGCGCUGCCUGCCAGGGGGCGGGCCGAAACCAGGAGGCCCGCGGGGCCCAGCUCCCCUGGGGAGCCGUGGGCGCCCGCUGCCCGGGCCGGUGAGUGACAGGAGUCGGGCCGAAAGACCGGCCUCACGGCGGCGGGGCGGCCGACGGCGGGCGCGGGGUUGGAGCGGGCGCGCGCAGGGCCAGGGUGUCGUCAGAGCGUCGCUCGCGAGUCCUCAUCGGCCGCCGGUGGAGCCUCCGGGAUGCUGUCCCCGAGGCCAGGAGACUGCCUUGGGGUGGAGGUCUGAGAGCCCCGCGCCAGAGGGCCGGCCUGCCGGGUAGGGGGAUACAGGACCGAAGCCCUGGGCUACGCUGACCCGCAGCGCUGACACGUGUUCAAUGCCAGCCAGAUGCUCUCCGGGUCGUUGUGUUCCUCCCGGGAAAGAAGAAUAAUCUGAACACUCUGACCACUGGCUUUCAGCUCACCAGGACCUUCUACCUCGCUCUCUUUUCGUGGCCCAUGUGCUGCAUCCUCUGCCCUCAGUGUGCAGCUGGCCCCCAACGCAAUGUGUGUUUGUCAAACCAUGGAAGUGGGGCAGUAUGGCAAGAACGCAAGUCGGGCCGGAGACCGGGGAGUCCUCCUGGAGCCCUUCAUCCACCAGGUGGGCGGACACAGCAGCAUGAUGCGCUACGACGACCACACUGUGUGCAAGCCCCUCAUCUCCCGGGAGCAGCGCUUCUACGAGUCCCUGCCUCCCGAAAUGAAGGAGUUCACCCCUGAGUACAAAGGUGUGGUGUCUGUCUGUUUUGAGGGGGACAGUGAUGGUUACAUCAACUUGGUGGCCUACCCUUAUGUGGAAAGUGAGACUGUGGAGCAGGAUGACACACCAGAGCGGGAGCAGCCUCGGCGCAAACACUCUCGCCGGAGCCUGCACCGGUCAGGCAGUGGCAGUGACCACAAAGAGGAGAAAGCCAGUUUGUCCCUCGAAGCCUCUGAGAGCUCCCAGGAAGCAAAGAGUCCAAAGGUGGAGCUAUACAGCCACUCGGAUGUCCCUUUCCAGAUGCUAGAUGGCAACAGCGGUCUGAGUUCUGAGAAGAUCAGCCACAACCCCUGGAGCCUGCGCUGUCACAAGCAGCAGCUGAGCCGCAUGCGCUCUGAGUCCAAGGACCGAAAGCUCUACAAGUUCCUCCUGCUUGAGAACGUGGUACACCACUUCAAGUACCCCUGUGUGCUAGACCUGAAGAUGGGCACCCGGCAGCAUGGUGAUGAUGCAUCAGCUGAGAAGGCGGCCCGGCAGAUGAGGAAGUGUGAGCAGAGUACGUCAGCUACACUGGGUGUCCGAGUCUGUGGCAUGCAGGUGUACCAGCUGGACACAGGGCAUUACCUCUGCAGGAACAAGUACUAUGGCCGUGGGCUUUCCAUCGAAGGCUUCCGCAAUGCCCUCUAUCAGUACCUGCACAACGGCCUGGACCUGCGGCGUGACCUUUUUGAGCCCAUCCUGAGCAAACUGCAGGGCCUGAAAGCUGUGCUGGAGCGGCAGGCCUCCUACCGCUUCUACUCCAGUUCCCUGCUUGUCAUCUAUGAUGGCAGGGAGUGCCGGGCUGAGUCCUACCUGGACCGCCGUUCUGAGAUGCGUCUCAAGCACCUGGACACAGUUCUCCCUGAGGUGACAUCACCCUGUGGCCCUAGCACCAGCCCCAGCAGCACCAGCCCUGAGGCGGGCCCCUCCUCUCCACCCAAGGUGGAUGUCCGCAUGAUCGACUUUGCACACAGCACGUUCAAGGGCUUCCGGGAUGACCCCACCGUGCAUGACGGGCCGGACCGAGGCUAUGUGUUUGGCCUGGAGAACCUCAUCAGCAUCAUGGAACAGAUGCGGGACGAGAACCAGUAGGCCCAGCUCUGGGCUCCCAGAACCCCUUCCUCUCUACCCGCAGGCAGGGACCAUUGCUCUGAACUCGCCGUGAGGACACACAGACUUCCUUUUAAAGGGUUAUAUUUCUCUUUGGUGUAAACUAAAAGAAAUGUUUUUAGCUGUAGCCUGGAAUCCAUAUAUAUAAAGUGAUGGAGGGCAGAACACACAUCCUCUCAGCCAGGCUUCUUAGCUCUACAGCUUCUACUGCUGUGUCCAGGCUGACUUAGGAAGGAAGAGGUGCUCCUGGUGGGUUUGGCAGCAAGGACAGGGUGCCGUUGGACAUUGGUUUCUCUUGCCUAGGUCUUUGGGGUCUGCGGAUGCAGGGCCCUGCUGUUUGUGGGGUGAAGCCCUGGGCUGGCACAGGGCCCCUGCAUGCCCACUCAUCCCUCGUUCCUCAGAGGGAUUGGGUGCCCAUCUCUUGGGGGACUUUCUACUCUUGUGUUGUAGGUGUCAGCCAGCUCUUUAACAGAUGCCCUCAGGGCACCAGAGGGCCAACUGCACACAGCUGGACCCAUCUUUCUCAGUUCUGACCUUGACAUGAGGCUAGACUCACGAAGCUGGGCUGAAGCCAGCUUAUGGCAGAGGGCAGGUCCUGGGAUCCCCAGGCAUUCUUUGGCAUUUGAACCUGCUCCUCCUCCUGCCUGCAUACCCCAGCCAGCCUUUCUCACCUAGGCGAGAUUCCUUGCCUAAGAAGGUCACCCUCUUUUGCCCCACUGAAGAGGGCCCUGCUCUGUUUGCUGAGGAGAUUCAAUGUCCUAGUGGGCCUCAGGGCCUCUGGUGGCUCUGGCCCAGACAGUAUUUGCAGUUCUUCUGCUGUGGGUGAGAGUCCUUUUCUUCUAGCUUGGGCAGCUGUGCUGCCUCUGGAUGGGCUGCUCCUCCCAGGGCUCAAGGGCUGUGGUCCGCUCAGGGUCUCACCUUUCUCCAGGCCAAGCUCAAGGCAGCCGCCCAUUAUGAGGAGCUCCAGGCUUGUGAGGGAGAACUUUAAGCUUGUGUGCUCAUGGGGACAUUGUCUGGACCGUGGGUACAGGUGCCCAGAUUCUGCUAAUGAGAGCUUGUCUUAUCAGUCCCGGGAUCCAUCAGUGUGUCCAUUUGUCCAUCUGCCAGCCUUGUCUCUUACGAGUCUUCUCCUGGGGAGUAGUCUUGUUCAUUAGUCAAUAUUGACUUCCUUCAUGCUUUCCUCAGCAAAAUAUUCUUUCCCAUUUCUGAGGUGAGCUUUUGCCCCUGUGCCCUUCCUUAGCAGGUGCUACCUUUUAACAAAGAACUGGUAGCAAAAUGAAUUGUAGGAAGUGUUUCCCUGCUGGCCCAGCACCCUGUCUGUCAGCCUGGAUUGUGGCCUCCCUCAGUGCUCAACACUGACAGUGGUACAGUGAAGGCCCAAGGGGCAACCUCUUCCUUUCCCAUGGUUGUGGUAAUUUUUGCUGCCAGUCCUUAAUGGUACAGAGACCUGCCACUUGUAACAUAUGUGGCCAGGAGGUGAUACUGCACUCACCUAGCCAUUGCCAAGGUUAGUGCCCUCACCUUGAGCCUAAGGCCACUGUCAUCAUCAUUUUUGGCAUGUCCCUGUUUGGGCAUUAAAGGUAAGCCUGCCAGCCUGUGUCUGUGAGAGGCCUUGGUAACUGAUGGACUAAUUUCCUGGUCCUUAGAGAUGCAGCCUCACAUAUCUUAAAUGGGCUCUUUGAUGGAUCCCAUCUCUCUUGGCCCUUUGACCCUGAUGCCAGUGGUGGGCAGGUUCCCAUUCCUUGAGGCUGGGAGGGGCAGCUUGCCUGUUUGUGGUUGGUAAUGACCAUCUUCUCUCCUGUACCAUCCUGUGGCUUCAGCCAUAGGGGCAGUAACUUUUCAUUAGUGUAGACAGACAGUCAUUUCCUGGCAGGGCAGAGGCUAAGGCAAAGGGUCUGGGGCCACUCGGUACCUCCUUGAUUGAACCUCUCGAGCCUGGGGAUGUGCUGUGCUUCUUGAGUUCCUCUAUUUUGGGAGCAGAUGCUGGCCUGUUCCGCUCUUCAUAGAGAGAGAGGCUGUACCCGCUUAUAUUCAUUGUUUCCUGCCGCUAAAAAGAGCAGAAGGGCCUGGGAUUUGCUGCUUCUCCCCCAGGACAGGUACCCUCUUUUCAGUACUUUUGACACUUGGAGACCCAGCCCUGUUAGCUGGUGGGUGGUGGGCAUGUGUGUGUGCACACGCUCUCUGCCACUACUCUUUCUCCCUGCUCUAUGCCAGAGAGUCCUGUCCCUCCCAGGCCCUGCCUUCCCAGCCCCAACUUGGGACCAAAGUGCAACGCGGGAUCACGGGUUGGGGUGCUCAAGUGACCCCUCUCUAUAGUGCUUCCCUGGGCCAAGUCAACACCAGCCCCCUGGAGGGGUGGGACAGGCGGUGCUUAAAGAGGAAGGGGACCAGUGUAGCAACUUGCCGGGGACCCCAACCUGCCCUCACAUUGGGGCCUGUGCACUGGGCAUGGGGAUUCCUCCUAAGGGGCCAACGGCCUGGGCUAGUUCAGUAGCCGCUGCUCACCUGCUCACACCUGGCCACGCGCACGCCCCCUAGAUGCAGCUUGCUUUGAACUUUAAAGCUGUUCAAUUUGGUUUUGUUUGUGUCGAUUUAAAAAAUGUUUGAAUGAGGAAAAAAUUGGAGAACCCUGGGAAGGACCUGGUUCCUCUGCUUGUCUGGGAACUGUAAGGCCUCGCCUCCAGGAAACGCUCUCUGCUCCACUUUCCUGGAAGCUGCCUAAGCCUGUCCACGCCGCCCGAGGCCCACGCCCGGAUACUCCACGUGGCUCCGGCUGCGUCUUGGCGCAGUUGCGUUCCCUCGGGACUUGCGUGCGGGGUAGGGGGGGUGCUCGGGCCUCGUGCCGAGCCCACCCCUUUCUGUACACCCAGCGCUGCCCGCCCCGCUUGUGUCUGAGGUCGUGUACGUCAAAAUAAAGCCGCUAGAAACUGA